AUGGAGAAGCAGGGCAAAAUUCUGAUGCAGAAAUAUGAGCUUGGCCGUUUGGUAGGCCAAGGCUCAUUCGCUAAGGUAUACCGUGCCAGAAACCUGAAAACUGGGAAAAUUGUUGCUAUGAAGGUCAUUGAUAAAGAGAAGGUUGCGAAAAUUGGCUUGAACGACCAAAUCGAGAGAGAGAUCUCUGUGAUGAGAAUGGUGAAGCACCCCAACAUUGUGCAGCUUUAUGAAGUGUUGGCAAGCAAGACCAAGAUUUAUUUCGCCAUGGAGUACGUGAAAGGUGGAGAGCUUUUUGCCAAAGUUGUCAAAGGGAAGCUCAAGGAAGACUUGGCCAGAAGGUACUUUCAGCAGCUCAUUGGAGCUGUGGAUUUCUGCCAUAGUAGAGGGGUGUACCACCGUGACCUGAAACUAGAGAAUCUUCUUCUAGACGAAAAUGGGGAUCUUAAAGUUUCAGACUUUGGACUGAGUGCGUUGUGGGAAUCCAGAAAGACUGAUGGGCUUCUACACACCAUGUGCGGGACUCCAUCUUAUGUAGCCCCUGAAGUGAUCAAUAACAGAGGCUAUGAUGGAGCAAAGGCAGAUAUUUGGUCGUGUGGGGUGAUUCUUUUUGUUCUUCUUGCCGGCUUUCUUCCUUUCCAAGACAAGAAUUUAAUCGCAAUGUACAUGAAGAUUAGUAAAGCAGAGUUUGCGUGUCCACUGUGGUUCCCACCUGAGGUAAGGCAGCUUCUCUCCAGAAUCCUUGAUCCAGACCCAAGAAGAAGAGUAACUAUCUCUAAGAUAAAGCAAACACCAUGGUUCAGAAAGGGAUAUAAUCAGAUUGAAGCUCCUCUGUUACUACAAUCGCCUUCUUGGAAUAAUGAGUUAAAGGCCAAAAACGAAGCAGAAAGAUCCAUGAAACCGCCUAGUCUCAAUGCAUUUGACAUCAUAUCUCUGUCUUCAGGAUUUGACCUUUCUCCUAUGUUUGAGAAAGACAAGAUUCCAAGACACGAGGCUAGAUUCAUCACCACAAAAGAAGCCUCCACGAUCGUGUCAAAACUGGAGGAGAUAGCUCAGGCGGAUAGUAAAUUCAAGGUUUUGAAGAAAAAUGGUAUAGUGUCAUUGCACGGGAACAAGGUAGGGAGGAAGGGGCAGCUUGGUAUAGAUGCAGAGAUUUUUGAAGUAACGUCGUCGUUUCACAUUGUGGAGGUGAAGAAAACCGCAGGAGACACAUUGGAAUAUGUAGAGUUCAGAGACCGCAACUUAAAACCUUGUCUAAAGGAUAUAGGGUGUGAAUGGCGAGGAAGCGAGCAUGAUGGAUAG